GCGUGCGCGGCCCCGCGGCCCCGCGCGCUCCCGGCCGCGCGCCAUCUUGCCUACUCCGUGAGGUUCGAGCGUCUACUGGCGACGGUGUGCGCAUCCGGAGAUAUUCACCAAGCUCGCCAGAGCAGAAUGGAGCACUACCGGAGGGCUGGCUCUGUGGAGCUCCCAGCCUCGUCACCAAUGCCCCAGCUACCUCCCGACACUCUGGAAAUGCGAGUCCGAGAUGGGAGCAAAAUCCGAAACCUGCUAGGGCUGGCGCUGGGUCGGUUGGAAGGGGGAAGCACAAGACAUGUGGUGUUCUCAGGUUCUGGCCGGGCUGCUGGAAAGGCUGUCAGCUGUGCAGAGAUUGUCAAAAGGCGGGUUCCCGGCCUACACCAGCUCACCAAACUUCGCUUCCUACAAACUGAGGACAGCUGGGUCCCAACAUCACCGGACACAGGCCUGGACCCCCUCACAGUCCGACGCCAUGUGCCUGCGGUGUGGGUACUGCUUAGUCGAGACCCCUUGGACCCCAGUGAAUGUGGGUACCAACCCCCGGGUGCACCUCCCGGCCUGGGCUCCAUCCCUAGUUCCAGCUGUGGUCCCAGACCCCGAAGGAGGGCUCGGGACACCCGGUCCUAAACAUCCGCUGGGCCUGACUGCACUCUAGACCUGAAUAUCUGUGCCUUCUCUAAGAAGUGCGUGUGAUUUGCUCAUCAUGCCAGCAAGGCUCAAGUCUACAGAAGAACUCCCCUGUCCUCUGGAAUUCGGGGUGGGACUGUUAGAAAGACUGGUGUGGGUCAGAGCUGAGUUAAAGACUGCUUGAGAAGGGCUCACUCUGUCUCUAUAUAUCUUUUCUGCCGUCUGACUAGGGAAGGGAAAUAAAGGUUCUGUCUGUU